AUGGUUGAGAACGGCGUGUAUGAGAACGGCGCGACCGACGCGGAGGCGUACGUGACGCUCAUGUCCCAGGAGGUCAAGUCGCUCAACUUCGCCGCCGAGGAGAACUACACCGUGCGCCUCUGCAAGGAGCUCGUCGCGUACCACUACCCCGACGAGCUGCCGCUCGGCUCGUUCGAGCUGCUCGCGUCCAACAAGAUCCGCUCCGACGAGGAGACGGCGGAGGACCCGGACUUUGACUGGAAGCCGCGGAAGGAGCAGGUCUUUUCCGACAAGAUGCUGAUGCAGCUCUCAAUUUGGAAGAAGGAGUGGGACGAGGAGACAAAGUCGUAUGAGCCGGUCGACCUGUCCUACAUGCCGUACGGCAAGGAGCUGACCAAGCAGUGGAAGAAGCUCGGCUACCUCGACGGUGCGUUUUGGCCUCGCCCAAGACCGCCGCGCCGCCGCACCGCCGCCCCCUCCCCGCGCCCCUCCUUCCCCGGCGGCGCCCUCUCCCGCCGCGCCGCUCCCCCGCACCUGAUUCGGAAGAAGGACGCGUGGGAGGCGGCGGGUGAGAUCGAGAACAAGGACGACGCGCUCGCGUGGCUGCAGCGGCACAAGGAGAAGGACUACAACGCCGCGCUCAAGCUGCAGGGGCGGAGGGCCGAGGGCGAGGAGGUGGAGGUGGAGGAGGAGGAGCCCGAGCCCGACGACCCCGACGUCGAGGUGUACGUCUGCGAGCCGCCGCCCCUCCGAGGCAUGUGA